AUGAACGUAGGUAGUAUAAUUUCUCUCGGUUGCAUUCAAAGCCUUCUCGACGAAAAUGAAACCGCCAAGCCAAGCAGCCCGGUGCUCCAGCUAGUGAGAGUUAACCCAGGCAGCUCUAAUUCUAAUGAGCAAGGUGGUUCUAUCAGAUAUAAGAUUGGGCUUUCUGAUGGGUUUGAAAUUGUUCAAGGCAUUAUCCCGGAUCAUUUAAUCAAGUCCGUAUGUAAUGGAAAAAAGCUGGAUAGGGGUAUGAUAAUCAAAUUGACCAACUAUACCGUUAGUAAUUCGGGACCUAUCCAGGCUGGCCGUACAUCAAAGUUCUUGGUUAUUACCGGGUUUCAAAUGGUUAAAGAUGUACCUUUGGAGUUAUAUGGUCAUGAUUACAAUAGGUUAAAACAACGCCAAGAUUCAGUAGUUUUAAAUCGUGAUAGCACCCCUCAAAGAAAUUCAAAUAACAAUUCGGAUGAAGGAAUUUGUACCAUCGAUAAUAUAAGCCCAUAUCAUAAUAAGUGGAAGCUCAAGGCAAUGGUUAUUCAAAAAUCGGACCUUAGAACUUGGACAAAUGCACGUGGAAGUGGCAAGUUAUUUAAUGUAACUUUAAUGGAUAAUAGCGGAGAAAUUAGGGCCACCGCUUUUAAUCAACAAGCGGAAGAAUACGCAAAUUUAUUGCAAUUGAAUAAGGUAUAUUAUAUUUCUAAAGGAAAAGUCAAUAUAGCUAAAAAGCAGUUCUCAAACGUUCAAAAUGACUAUGAAAUCACUAUUGAAGCUAGUACAGUUAUCGAACCGGCUGAUGAUUUAGCUGUGCCUAUCAAAAUAAAGAUCGACCCUGUUAAGAUUUCUGAUUUGAUCAACUAUGAGAAAGAUCAGACAGUCGAUGUUGUGGCUGCCAUCAAAGAAAUUUCUGAGACAACCCAGAUAACAACAAAAGCCCAGAAAAUGAUAGAUAAAAGGGAUAUUAUUAUAGUAGAUGACAGUGGGUAUGAGAUUAGGUUAACUACUUGGGGACAACAAGUUAAUGAACUUAGAGAUGUAGAACUGGGCACUAUUGUUAUCUGUAAAAAUGCGCGUGUUGGCGAUUUUCAAGGGAAAAACCUUUCUAUGUAUGGUGUCAGUAGAUUAAUGAUUGAUCCUGAUAUACCACAGACUUAUCCUAUACGAUUAGAAAGAGAGACAAGUGUCUUUGCAAGUAAUUCGUAUUCUGGGUCUUCAAAUUUUCGAAACGACCCUGAAAAGACAAUUGCACAAAUUGUUAAUGAGAACAUUGGACAUAAUAGCGAAAAGGCUGAAUAUUUCGUUACAAGAGGAACAAUUGUAUUUAUCAAAAAAGAAAGUAUGUUCUAUGCUGCAUGUCCUACCGAUGGCUGUAAUAAAAAAGUUAUUGAAGAUGGAGAAAAUUCUUAUCGGUGCGAGAAAUGUUCGCGUUCAUUUGAUCACGUCAAAUACAGAUACAUAUUCGGAAUAAAUGUAUCUGACCAUACCGAUGGUAUGUGGUUUCAUUGUUUCAAUGAGACAGGAAGCAUAAUCAUGGGUAAAGACGCCAACGAAUUAAAUAAUAUAAAGGAAAAUGAUGAAUCCUUUUUUGAAGAUUGGAUUGAUUCUCGAUUUUUCAAAACCUAUAUAUUCAAAUGUCGUGCAAAAAUGGAGAAUUAUCAGGAAAAAAAUAUUAUCAAAUAUCAUGUUACGGAGGUUAUUCCAGUCGAUUUUGUCGAACAUGGAAAAGCAUUGUUGAAUAAUAUUAAUGAAUUGGAAAACUAG